UGUGUAGGACCGUUUUGUUUUUUAGGCUAAUUCAUGUCAGUUUUGAAUACCAUAUAUAGUAAAUUACGCCGUUUUUGCGAAUAUUUGAAGUGUACUAGCGCUUUAAAAAAAUCAUUGCUCUUGCUUCAAAAACCACGGACGAAACAGUUUGUAUGGAGAAAUGACCACUCCUGUUGCCUCUUAAAAAGUGAAUGUAUUGUAUGUAUUAGGUAUGUAUAUACUUAUUAUAUAUGUAGGUAUCAUUACUUAUACGCCGACUUUCUAUUCCAGGAUGAUUCCGCGACGCAAACACAACGCCUCCUCGGGCUCGCUGCCAGCGCCCGACGACAAGACCGCCAGCAACGACUACAUACUGAACGCGGGGUCCGAGAAGUGCGCGGGCGGCUGGCGCGCCGCCGUGCGCCGGCGCCUCAACCGCAAGACGCUGCACAAGCGCGUGCCCGUGACGCGCUGGCUGCCGCGCUACUCCAGCCAGGACGCGCUCGGCGACCUCAUCGCCGGCGUCACCGUGGGCCUCACCGUCAUCCCGCAGUCGCUCGCCUACUCCAACAUCGCCGGCCUGCCGCCGCAGCACGGGCUCUACGGCUCGUUCAUCGGCUGCUUCGUGUAUAUCGUGCUGGGCGGCUGCCGCGCCGUGCCGGCCGGACCCACCGCCAUCGCCUCGCUGCUCACGUGGCAGGUGGCCAACGGCGUGACCGAGAAGGCGAUCCUGCUCUGCAUGCUGUCGGGGCUCGUGGAGCUGCUGAUGGGCGUGCUGGGGCUCGGCUUCCUGAUUGACUUCGUGUCGGGCCCGGUGUCGUCGGGUUUCACAUCGGCCGUGGCGCUGAUGAUCGCCACCAGCCAGGUCAAGGACCUGUUCGCGAUCAGUGUGACGGGCACCACGUUUCUGCAGCAGUGGAUCUCGGUGUUUCGCAACUUGCACGGUGCCGCUCUCUGGGACCCCAUCCUCGGCUUCAUUUGCAUCGCGUUGCUGCUCUCUAUGCGGCGGAUCGGCAUGGUGCAGCUGGGCGGCGAGGCGCCGAGCGCGCGGCAGCGCUGGGCGACGCGCUGCUGCUGGCUGCUGGGCACGUGCCGCAACGCCGUGGUGGUGGUGGCGUCCGGCGCGCUCGGCUUCUGGUUCGUGUCCCGCCAGGGCGCCGCGCCCGUGCGCCUCAUGGCUGAUAACGUGAGAGGCGGCUCGAUCCCGUCCGGCGUGCCGGUGCCGGCGCUGCCGCCGGUCAGCUACGUGCGCGCAGACAACUCCACCGCCGACUUCCUCGAGAUGAUCUCGGAGAUGGGCUCCGGCAUCAUCGUGAUCCCGCUCAUCGUGCUGCUGGAGGACAUCGCCAUCUGCAAGGCGUUCUCGGACGGCAAGACCAUCGACGCCACGCAGGAAAUGAUCGCCAUCGGCACGUCCAACAUCGCCAACUCGUUCAUGGGCGCGUACCCGGGCGGCGGCUCGCUCGCGCGCUCCGUCGUGUCCAACGGCUCCGGCGUACGCACGCCCUUCAACGGCAUCUACACCGGCAUCAUGGUGAUCCUGGCGCUGCAGUUCUUCACGCAGUACUUCGAGUUCAUCCCGAAGGCGGCGCUGGCGGCUGUCAUCAUCUCCGCCAUCGUCUUCAUGGUGGAGUACCACGUCGUCAAGCCCAUGUGGAGAGCUAAAAAGCUGGACCUGAUCCCGGGCAUCGGCACGUUCGUGCUGUGCCUGACGCUGCCGCUGGAGAUGGGCAUCCUCACCGGCGUCAUCGUCAAUAUCAUCUUCAUCCUCUACCACGCGGCGCGCCCCAAGUUCACCGUCGAGAUGCUGAAAGUGAGUUCGAGAGACUAACCAGAUGAGUUUUUGUGGCCAGUGGCGUCAGGUAUAAAGAGUUGUGGUAGUUUUCUAUCUGGGCUCCGUAACCUAAGGUAUCUGCGCUAGAGAAGGCCCAUCGUUAUUUUAUUAUUAUUACGAG